AUGCUUCUUGUUCGCUUGCAGCGCUUGUUAAGACUCAAAGCAGUUGUUCAGAUAUCUUUCGCCGAAUAUCAUACCAAAAGAAAUGCAGUCAAGCGAGUCCACGCUGUACACACAAAAGAGCUUCAAAAACAUGGGCCAUUCAACGUUCCCCUCCUAAAUGUCGAUACGUUAGAGCAUGAAACGAAAAUUGAGGAAAUGAGCGACAGUGUCUUGGAUGUGCUGAAAGGAGCAAAGUUUGCUGGGAAGUACACGACGGUUAUGAAGGGAGUUGGCUGUGAAAAGAGCUUUGUUUUUGAUGAUGUCGCAAACCUCCAUGCAUUCUUGGCGAUGAAUGAAAAUCGCAAAGCAAAAUGCGACAUGCAAUACGAACUUAACAAACCUUCAAAUAUUCUGAAAGAGUUGAAUCGUGUCUGGAAUGUGGACAUGAGCAUGGCUGGCAGUUAUGCCGAGGAUUACGAUAUCUUUAAAAACAAUCAUGCCACAAACCAUCGAACAGCAUGGACAGAUAAAUAUACCACCGUUAUCUUUGAGGAGGAGACAGCUCCAGAAUUUGAAUGGAGGCAGCCAAUUCCAGAUUAUGUGCGCUGGUAUCUAACAGGAGGAGAACAACAUUAUAUGACUUUUGAAGAGCGAAAUUUGUAA